AUGGAAGGGGCAAAGCCAACAUUGCAGCUCGUGUACCAGGCAGUGCAGGUGCUUUAUCACGACCCAGAUCCCAGCGGAAAGGAACGCGCCUCGUUUUGGCUUGGGGAGCUGCAGCGUUCGGUUCAUGCUUGGGAGAUUUCAGACCAAUUGUUACAGAUCCGACAGGAUGUGGAAUCAUGUGAUUUUGCUGCCCAGACCAUGAAAAUGAAGAUUCAGGCCUCAUUUUAUGAGCUCCCCAAAGACUUUCAUGUCUCUUUACGGGACUCAUUGCUAACCCAUAUCCAGAACUUGAAAGACUUGUCACCUGUUAUUGUAACGCAGCUGGCUUUAGCAAUAGCAGAUCUUGCACUACGGAUGCCUUCCUGGAAGGGCUGUGUACAAACAUUGGUGGAAAAAUAUAGCAAUGAUGUAACUUCUCUGCCUUUUUUUCUGGAGAUCCUCACAGCGUUACCUGAAGAAGUACAUAGUUGUUCCUUAAGAAUUGGAGCUAGCCGGCGCACAGAAAUUAUAGAAGAUUUGGCCUCCUACUCUAGUACAGUAGUAUCUCUGUUGAUGACCUGUGUAGAAAAAGCAGGAACAGAUGAAAAAAUACUUAUGAAGGUCUUUCGCUGUUUGGGAAGUUGGUUUAACUCGAGAGUUUUAGACAGGAACUUCAUGACUAACAGUAACUUACUAGCACUCCUUUUUGAGGUUUUGCAACAGGAUAAGACCUCAUCCAACCUACAUAAAGCUGCCUCAGACUGUGUGUGCUCAGCUCUCUAUGCCAUUGAGAAUGUGGAGACUAACUUGCCAUUAGCCGUGCAACUUUUUCAGGGAGUCCUGACAUUGGAGUCUGCCUAUCAUAUGGCUGUGGCAUGUGAAGAUUUAGACGAAGUUCUGAAUUACUGCCGUAUUUUCACUGAACUCUGUAAAACUUUUCUUGAAAAAAUUGUUUGUACUCCAGGCCAAGGUCUUGAGGACCUACGAACUCUGGAACUGCUUCUUAUCUGUGCAGGACAUCCUCAGUAUGAGCUGGAACCAGACCAUGAAGGUGUUCCUGAGGAGACUGAUGACUUUGGGGAGUUUCGGAUGAGGGUAUCAGACCUGGUGAAGAACUUGAUUUUCUUGAUUGGGUCUAUGGAGUGUUUUGCUCAGUUGUAUUCUACUCUGAAAGAAGGCAACCCACCCUGGGAGGUGACAGAAGUGGUUCUCUUUAUCAUGGCUGCUAUAGCAAAGAGUGUUGAUCCGGAGAACAAUCCAACACUUGUAGAGGUCCUGGAAGGAGUUGUCCAGUUCCCAGAGACUGUACAUACAGCUGUGCGAUACACCAGCAUUGAAUUGGUUGGAGAGAUGAGUGAAGUGGUUGACCGAAAUCCUCAGUUCCUUGAUCCUGUAUUGGGCUAUUUGAUGAAAGGCCUGCGUGAAAAGCCCCUAGCUUCUACUGCAGCCAAAGCCAUUCAUAACAUUUGCUCUGUCUGCCAAGAUCACAUGGCUCAGCGUUUUAAUGGACUCCUGGAGAUUGCCCGUUCCCUUGAUUCCUUCAUGUUGUCUCCAGAAGCUCCUGUGUGCUUGCUUAAAGGGACGUCACUUGUCCUAGCCAGGUUACCUUUGGAUAAGAUUACUGAAUGUCUUAGUGAGCUAUGUUCUGUUCAGGUAAUGGCAUUGAAAAAGCUGUUGUCUCAGGAGCCUAGCAAUGGCAUAUCCUCAGAUCCCAAUGUGUUCUUAGAUCGCCUUGCAGUGAUAUUUAGACACACUAAUCCCAUUGUGGAAAAUGGACAGACUCGUCCAUGCCAAAAAGUCAUACAGGAAAUAUAGCCAGUUUUAUCCGAGACUCUAAAUAAGCACCAGGCUGAUAAUCGGAUUGUAGAGCAUUGUUGCAGGUGCCUGUGCUUUGCUGUUCACGGUGUAGGCAAAGGAUCUGUGGCCCUGCUGCAGCCUCUAGUCACACAGAUGGUGAAUGUGUACCAUGUACAUCAGCAUUCCUGUUUCCUGUACCUUGGCAGUAUCCUCAUAGAUGAACAUGGCAUGGAAGAAGGCUGUUGGCAGGAACUACUAGACAUGCUGCAGUCACUGUGCAUCCCCACCUUUCAACUCCUAGAACAGCAGAAUGGUCUCCAGAAUCACCCUGACACUAUAGGUGACCUGUUCAGGUUAGCCACCAGGUUUAUUCAGCGUAGCCCUGUCACCUUGCUGAAGAGCCAAGUAGUCAUCCCUAUCUUACAGUGGGCUAUUGCCUCUACUACGUUGAACCACCGGGAUGCCAACUGUAGUGUCAUGAGAUUCCUACGAGACCUCAUCCAUACAGGGGUAGCCAGUGAUCAUGAAGAAGAUUUUGAACUACGGAAAGAACUGAUUGGACAGGUGAUGAACCAGUUUGGACAGCAACUUGUAAGCCAGCUGCUCUACACAUGCUGCUUUUGUCUCCCCUCCUAUACUCUACCAGAUGUGGCUGAAGUGCUCUGGGAGAUCAUGCAGGUUGACCAACCGACUUUUUGUUGAUGGUUAGAGAAUUCCUUGAAAGGUUUGCCAAAGGAGACAACCGUGGGAGCGGUCACAGUGACACACAAACAACUUACAAACUUCCACAAGCAAGUCACUAGUGCUGAGGAAUAUGAGCAAGCUUGCUGGGCCUUACGAAAUUUCACCAGGUUGUUUCAAUAG